AUGCCCGAGCCCGUGGUCACGGCGCUGCUGGCGCCCUCGCGCUUCGCCCUGGCGCUGCUGCGGCUCGCGCUGUGGACGGCCGUGCUGAGCGGGGCGGUGCUGGCCGCCUUGGGCUACGCCUGCGUGGCGCUCGCCCACGUGCUGUGCCGGCCUCGCCGCGGCUGCCUGGGCCGCCCGCACCGCGCGCCGCCCGCCUGCCUCCGCGACCCCGCGCUCGGCCAGCCCGGAAGCCUGGCGCUGCAGAGCUCGGGCCUGCGACUGCACUACGUCUCGGCCGGGCAGGGCAAUGGACCCCUCAUGCUCUUUCUGCACGGCUUCCCCGAGAACUGGUUCUGCUGGCGCUACCAGCUCCGGGAGUUCCAGCGCCGCUUCCACGUAGUGGCCGUGAACAUGCGGGGCUACGGCCCCUCCGACGCCCCGCAGGACGUGGACUGCUACACCAUGGACGUCCUGACGGCCGACGUCCGAGACAUCAUCCUGGGCCUGGGUUACUCCAAGUGCGUCCUCGUGGCGCACGACUGGGGCGCGCUGGUCGCCUGGAACUUCUCCGUCUACUUCCCGUCUUUCCUGGAGCGCAUGGUGGUGGUCAGCGGCGCCCCGAUGCCCGUGUACCAAGACUACACCUUACGUCACUGGCGCCAGUUCUUCCGCUCCAAUUACAUGUUCCUGUUCCAGCUUCCUUGGCUGCCCGAAAAGUUACUGUCCAUGUCUGACUUCCAGAUCCUCAGGAACACCCUCAGUCACCGCAAGAAGGGCAUCCCGUACCUGAACCACUGCGAGCUGGAGGCCUUCCUGUACCACUUCUCACAGCCUGGCGGUCUCACGGGACCCCUCAACUACUACCGCAACCUCUUCAGGAACGUCCCCCUGGAGCCCCAGGAGCUGGCCAUGCCCACCCUGCUGCUGUGGGGUGAGGACGAUCCCUAUCUGGAAAAGGGGCUGGUGGAGGCCAUUAGCAGCCGCUUCGUGCCCGGCCGGUUGCAGGCCCACGUGCUGCCCGGAGCAGGCCACUGGAUCCCCCAGAGUCACCCUCAGGAAAUGCACAAGUACAUGUGGGCCUUCCUGGAAGACCUGAUAGAUUAGGGCCCAGCAGGGCAUCAUCCUGCUGCUCACA